AUGUGCAGCAUGGCCUCCCGCGCCUCCUUCACCGCCGCCUGGUGCGUGCUGCCCGCCCGCGUGCUGCUCGUGCUCACCUCGCACAAGGGCAUCCAGAUGUACGAGUCAGACGGCUCCAUCAUGGUUUACUGGCACGCGCUGGAUGCCACCGAGCACCCAACAGCACAGGCCGUGUUUGCCCGGGGCAUCGCAGCCGCCAGCGGACGCUUCAUCUGCGUGGGGCUCUCCUCCGGGCUCGUGCUGGUCUUCGACAUCCCGCCCAAGGGCACCAACGUCACCGUGAGCGAGGUCCUGGCGGAGCACAGCGCCGCCGUCACCGACAUUGCAGCCGAGCUGGGCCACGCUCCGGACGGGGCCGGCGACCUGGUCAGCGCCGACGACUCCGGCGCCCUGUGCGUGUGGAGCUCCGGGGAGGAGUUUGCCCUGCGCCACAGAAUCCCUGCGCUGGGCUGCUCCUGCUCCUCCGUGAAGCUCUGGAACGGCAUCCUGGCCGCCGGCUACGGCAACGGGCAGAUCCGGCUGUACGAGGCGGCGAGCGGCGCCCUGCGCGCCCGCGUCGACGCCCACGCGCGCUGGAUCUACGCGCUGGACGUGGCGCCCGCCACGGGCAAGCUGCUCUCGGGCGCGGAGGACUCCUUCGUGCACGUGUGGCAGCUCGGCAGGAGCCCGGACACGGGCGACAUCGAGAUCGAGCACUGCCACGCGGAGUGCGUCCCCGACACGCAGGUGUGCGGCGCCCGCUUCUGCGACGCGCGCGGCGCCUCCUUCGCCGUCACCGGCUACGACCUGGCCGAGAUCGUCCGCUACAGCCGCGCGUAGGCUGCGGGCACGGGGCGCAGCGCCGGGCACGGG